AUGUUGUCGACGAAGUCCGGACCGGAACCUAUCCUCACCAUUGAACGACCUGGCUUGGAGAAUCUGAACCGCCUCAUUGCGCAAGUCGUCUCUUCCGUUACGGCGUCUAUCCGAUUCGGCGGCUAUCUUAAUGUCGACCUCGCUGAAUUCCAAACCAACCUUGUGCCUUUCCCCCGGGUCCAUUUCCCCAUGUUUGCCUAUGCACCCAUCGCCCAAGACUCGAGAGCAUCCCACGAAACGAACUCCAUCCAAGAAAUGACGAUCUCUUGUUUCGAGCCCAGCAACCAGAUGGUGAAAUGCAACCCCCGGAACGGCAAAUACAUGGCGACAUGUCUGCUGUACCGUGGUGACGUCGUUCCCAAGGAGGUCCAUUCGGCUGUUGCGGCAGUGAGGGCCAAGCAGACUAUUCAAUUUGUCGACUGGUGUCCUACCGGUUUCAAGAUUGGCAUCUGCGACAAACCUCCGCAGCACGUGCCAAAUGGUGACAUGGCGAAGGCGGACCGUGCAGUAUGCAUGCUCUCCAACACGACUGCCAUCGGGGAGGCCUGGACAUCUCUCUGCGACAAGUUCGACCUCAUGUACUCCAAACAAGCCUUUGUCCACUGGUUCGUCGGAGAAGGUAUGGAAAUGGGUGAGUUCACUGAAUCUCGUGAAAAUCUAGCGGCACUGGAGCGUGACUACCAAGAAAUCGCCAAUGAUGAGGGUGACGAAGAACCCGAGCAGGAAUACUAA